CACUACAGCAUCAAUUCAAGCAGCCCGCCUCGUCCGCGCGAGCAGCGGUGCACCGCUCUGGCGGAGCCCUUACCGGGGACGAGCAUCGCCAAAUGAACGAAACCAAACUGGUGGCGUGAAAAUGGAACCCUGAAAAACAUCGGGAAAGGGAAACAGGCUGGCCACCGCUGAAGAGUUAUUGCCACGUGGUGCAUGUGAGAGGGGGAGAGAGAGGCCAUCUGCCCCCAUGUCUGCCCCUGCUAACCGCAGAUCUGCAGGAUCACGCAGAUUCAACCCCCUGAAGGCUCUGCAGCCGAAACGCCGCUUGCAGCAAAUGUUGUCGUCCCCCUCCCCUUCAGUUUUUGACUAUUGCAGGUUCAUAGAGCUAGACUACAUUCCCAUGGAGACAGGCUUUAUGGUUUCAAUGCGCCAAAGUCGUGGAUUUCUCACCCCACAAUCGCCGGAACGCCACAAGCGACGGACGGCUGCCCCGGUCAGCACAAGGGAUCCUUAUGGCAACUCCUCUCUCAGUAGCAGCUCUGGGUCCUGCAAGGGCAGUGAUGGGAGUCCUACACCCAGGCGUCACAUGAAGUACACUUCCUGUAGUGAUAACCACGGGAUCCGACCACCGCCCCCCGAGCAGUACCUCACCCCCCUGCAGCAGAAGGAGGUGUGUAUCCGACACCUCCGCGCCCGACUGAAGGAGACCAUCGACAGACUGCAGGACAGGGACUCUGAGAUCGAGGAGCUGAGGACACAGCUGUCGCGCAUGCAGGAGGACUGGAUCGAGGAGGAGUGCCACCGCGUGGAGGCGCAGCUGGCCCUGAAGGAGGCGCGGAAGGAGAUCCAGCAGCUGAAGGAGGUGAUCGACGUGGUGCGGACGAGCCUGAGCGACACGGACACGGGCACGGUGCAGAAGUACUUCCAGGACAUCAACGUCCAGAACCGCAAGCUAGAGUCCCUGCUCUACAGCAUGGAGCUGGCGCAGGAUGGCUCCGUCAAGGACGAGGACAUGGGCGGCUGCGGGGGCGGAGCCAGAGCGGGGGCGGGGCUGGGGCCGUCGGGGUCCUGCGACGGUUCCCCGGCCCGCUCGCUGACCCGCAGCUCCACCUACACCAAGCUCAGCGACCAGGCGCUGGCGGACAAGAACGGGAACGCGCCGGACUUCCCCAGCCUGUCGGGAGGCGAGACCCAGGACAGCGGCUGCGUGUGUGGGGACAGCGGGGCCAGCCGGGCUGACCUGCUGCUGGAGGCGGCCUUCCUGUCCGAGGAGACGGCGUCCCUGCUGAGCUCCUACUCGCGCAUGCCGCACUCCUCCACCUACGAGAAGCUGUGCAGCACCGAGAAGAUGCUGCCACUCCGGUGCGGCGGCAGUGGCGGCAGCAGCAGCCACCCCUGCCUGGCGCACCACCACCUCUUCCUGCACCACCUCAGGGAGCAGGCCAUCCAGACGGAGUGCGGCCCGGCCUACAACCCCAACCUGGACACCAUCACCGAGAAGGUGUACAAGUCCCAGGCCUGCAGCCCCACCUCCACCUGGCUCUCCGAGGAAGGGGAGGACUUCGACACCAUCACCACGGCGACCACCACCGCCGCCGACCCCGCCGUGCCCCUGCUGCCCUCCUCCCUCUCCUGCACCUUGGAGCUGCCCCCGCUGGAGGACGAGGAGGCCCUGCCGCCCCAAACGUGCCAGCCCAAAAGCGUGGCACAGCAGCCCUUGGAGCAGGGCAGCGGAGUGACGGUGGUGGAGGUGGAGGAGGACAACGAAGACGAAGAGGGGGCAGAGGAGGGCGCCGUGGCAGCAUCCGGGGCAGCCGCCCCGCAGAGGAGCUACUGGAGCCGGCACUUCCUGGUGGACCUGCUGGCGGUGGCCAUGCCCGUGGUGCCGGCCAUGGCCUGGCUAUGCCGCGCCCCACGCAGGGAGGGCCAGCCCGUCUACAACAUCGGCUCGCUGCUGCGGGGCUGCUGCACCGUCGCCUUGCACUCCCUCCGCAGGGGCGGCAGUUCCUGGCACUACCCUGCAGGGGGCAGUGGCGGGGGAGUGAGGAGCACGCAGAUUUGAAACGGCCCACAUGCUCAACCCUCAGCCCUCAGCCCACUGCUCUGUCAGUCCCUGAAUGAUUUCACUCUUCUGAAUUGCAUAAGGAGGGGCACACAGAUCCAAAAUAACAUCUGCACCCUACCCUCCCUGGGUCCGGACCGCUGUUAAACAUUCACCCCUCCCCUCGCGUGCCCUGACCUGGACCCUCCUGCUCUCCCCUUCCUGCUCCUAGACUGCACGGAGGGACCAGGACAGCUGUGUCCAGCUGACUCAGAAUGAACAGGCCUCCAACUUCACAGCGAGGCAGGUCUGUCCUUCCGUCUGUCCGCCCAUCAGUCCGUCUGUCUGUUAGUCUGUCAGUACAUGUACAGUGAAUGGGUGCCACAUUCAGCCAGUCCCGAUACGUACGUGUAAUAUCAAACUUAACGUCAGACUCUUUUGCUGUGAAAAAGAAGACACUCUAUAGCCAAAGCACUUGGAUCACAAAUAAUGAGUCUUGUUGUCGGUGUGAUGAUACUGAAUGACCGACCGCGCUUGUGAAUCUGUGAAACUCCUGGUGACGCAGAACACUUUCCCUGACUCUGUGCGGGCCAUUGUUUAUUCAGCUUCCAGUCGUAAUCUGAACAUGCUUUGCAUGUUCAGCACAAUCACUAAUUUAUCAGUGUGCUAGACCAAAUCCAUAAAUUCAGAUGCACUGAUCAUGUCAACACCAUUGAUGAAACGG